AUGACAAUCUUGGUGGUUUCAAGCCUUGACGUUGUGGUUUGUAAUGCAAGUGAGGCGCGAGUUCUGUGCAGGGGCCAAGUAUGUGAGAGGUCCGAAGUGACCAAAAGGACGGAUGCCAUGCAGAGUUCAUCAGUCACUGUCCAAACGUCCUCUCUUUGCUCCUCCAACUUUCCCUUAAGUGUAAAUGCGCUUAAUUGCUCACUUGACAUGUCUGUGCCUACAGUGCUGGUAUCCAACAUGGGGGGACACUUGGUCUUGGAGAGUGUGCUGAUCUUGUGGCUGCAACCGUGCCAGUGUUGUCCUCCGGCCGCGUAUUCCGCUUUCUGUGCUGCCGCGGCCGAUCAAAGGCGGCCCAGCUUCGCUGGCGGUAGCCGUCUAAAUUUGACACGCCCCUGCGAGUUGGUGAGAGAAUGGUUUUACGGCCUCUGCACAGUCGCUGCAUUGACGGAUGAAAUCGCUUCCAAAGGUGGGGAAGGAGGCAUGUGCCAGUAUGAUAUUAUGACGGAUACAGUACUGGUGUGUCUGGAGUCCCCAAUGGCCAGGGAACACACUUUAACGGAUAUGGUAAUCAAGCUGUUCCCAGCAACCAACAUCCAAUCAAAGGCAAUGGCUACAGACCUAACGGUGGCGCGUUAUGGAGGUCCUGCUGCCGGACCUCAAAGUGGCAACAAAGGCCCAAUGAAGGGUUAUGGUCCUGCAACUGGAGCUCUUGGUGGAAAUGGAGUUAAACCAAUAGGUUAUGGUCCUGCAACUGGAGCUCUUGGUGGAAAUGGAGUUAAGCCAAUUGGUUACGGGCGCAAUGGACAUGCGAACAAAGGUUAUGGAUAUGGAGCAAAAGCUGGUGUACCAAAUGGAGCUGGAAACAAUGGCUUGGGUGGUGCCGGGCGGAAACCCAUGAAACCGUACGGCAACUACGGAUCAGGUCCGGGUAUGUCUGCGUUCCGGGGGCAGGGGGCGCCACAGCUGGCCAGGAACCAAGGAAAGGGAUACGGCAAUAAUGGUUACGGUACUCAACCGAUGGGUGGCUUUCAUGGUGGUUAUGGCAGUGCUGGAAUGGGUCUGGGACCACGUUAUGGAAAUGGAGGAAUGAAAGGACCCAAACCAGCAUAUAACGUUGCUGGAGCAGGUGUACCCAACAGACAAGGUCCUGUCCCCAACGGUUACGGUUACCCCAAUGGUGGCACCAACUAUCCUGUAAAAGCAGGGUAUGGCAAUAUUCCAAAUGGCAUUGGUGUCAAACCCAAUGGAUAUGGAGCCAAUAGAGGAGGUUAUGGACCUGCUCCUCUUCCCAAUGGAUAUGGCGCCAAACCUAUUGGUUAUGGGGCUGGAGCUGGUGGCACCAAAGGAUAUGGAGCUACACCUAAUGGACCUGGAAAUGGAGCGCCACUCGGCGGGUCGGGAAAUAAACAUGGUGGAUAUGGAGCAGGAGGACUUGGACCCGGAUCACUUCCUCAGAACACCAAAGGAGUUGGACCUGCACCCCCUGGCCAAGGCAUUGGUGGUUUUCCUGGCAUACCAAAUCCAGCACCAAACUCUGAGAACGGAGGCGGAGCUUCUAUCCCCAAGGGACAGGGAGGGAAAGCAGGCAAACCUGAUUGUGUCCCAGGAGGUCCAAAUGGACAGUGGAUGAAAGUACCAAGACCAGCCUAUAAUGCAGGAGCUGGACCUGAAGGGGCCAACACCAAAGGUUAUGGAGCUGGAGGUUAUGCUGGCCCUUUAAACGGAUAUGGAGCCGGCACCGGACAGCCAAAUGCAGGCCAAACCCAACAGCCAAUUUAUAGACAAGGUGCCUACCUCGGAGGAAAUGGCUAUGUUAAGGGAAACGCCAAUACAGAUCCAGGCCAGGGUGUUCCAACACCAGAUGCAAAAUCAGGAGGUGGCAUGAAGGUUCCUUACAAUGGUGUUCCAACUGGAAUAGAUGGUGCUGGUCAACCUGAGCCGCAGCCAGCUGGACUCUCUCCGAAUGGAAAACAAGGCCCGGUUUACGGCGGAAUGGAGGGCUUACCUUACAGUGGUCCGGCCGGGCCGGGCCCUGAGAAAGCCAACGCCAAAUAUGGUAUUGGUGGCUUGCAGUUUGGCGGUAACCCUCAAACAGGAAAUUAUGGCUACGGCGCUUAUGGACCAACUGCUGAUGGCAAAGCUGGAAAAUAUGGUGGAGCUAAUCCAGGUGGUGUUCCUGGACAAUACGGUUAUGGUGGCGGUUACCCCAAUAUUGGCCACCUUCUUGGUCUUGGCAGCAAUGGACUCAUGGCUGGCAAAUAUGGUUACGGUAGAAUGCCCCAUGAAGUUCAACCUGUUGGAUUUGUCCCACAACUCAAGUCUCCUGGUGCAGGCCCAUAUGGUCCAGUGGCUUUACCAUACCAACAAGGUCCUCUUGGAUUUGGACCCAAUGCGAACUAUGGUGCCGAUGGUUCCUAUGGACCACAAAGCCCUGGAGAUGAAGGGAAACUUCAGUCUUCUUCAGAAAGUCGAGCAGAUUCGCCAUAUGAAUCGCGACCAGAUGUGGCUCAGAAUGCUAACGACAAUGUGGGUUAUAUAAGUGGAAGCAAACUGCAGCCAGAAGUGAUUUCACUCCCUUCGGCGCCCACCCCCGCGCCAAUGGAUCCCGCCUUCACGCCGCCAGGAGCAGACCAACUCCAGUCCGACGCGGCCUCAGAUUCCGACACGUCUCCUGCACCGGAGCGGACUGCGCGCCAGCUCCACCUUCCGCAGCAUCUCAAACUGCAUUUUAACCCUCAAGGGUCGAAGAACUCAAAGUAUAACUUGAACGGCUUCUUUGGGAACAGCGGCUACCAAGGUAACGACUCAUUUUGAGGAAAACAGUGG